UUGGCAACUUGUUUAUGUCCAGAAAGUAGCGUCAUGAAUAUUCAUGUUUAAAUUUGCAUACGAAGUGGGUUCAUCGGAAAAUGAAAACCGGUCACGUGAACAAAUUAUCCAAUCAGAAUGCAGCAUUCAUAUGAAAGUGACAGAAGUUGCAAUUAUUUUUUGGUGAAGAGUUAGCGGAUUUUUGUACCCGAUUCAGUAGAACAAUGGGAGAUAAGCUUACAGACAACAAUCCAGCAAUUACAGAUCUUAGCGACAAAAAUCGUCCAGUAAAAUUAGCAGAGCGAUAUUCGGAGCUCUACGAUAUUGAAUGGACAGAUUCUUUCGAGAUAAUAAAUAAAGUUUACAGAGACGAACGAAACACAGUUGCUCAGCUUCUCAAAAUAUUAAUGGAUGGUGCUGAACUUUGUCGUACCGAAUCACAGAAGCAGUUACAAACGAUAAGAACUGCUCUUGCCGGGGAAAAUACAAGGGAUACACCAUUGCCGCAGCUUAUUGAAAAACAAUUGAGAGGAUGCAGAAAAGCCAUGGCCGAGAAAGCUGGAUAUACUCUAUGUACGUGGCGAAAUCGCGUCAGUCUACAUCCUCCGUGGCACGUGACGCCCUGAUUUUACCAGGCUACCUGAAGGAGGCAUUCACCCUGUGCUGGCAGAUGUGCGUACAAGAUCCUCCUGUUGUUUUUGACGAGCCUCCGAAACACGGGGACACAUUGAAGUCAGAAUUAUACAAAUCUUACACAAGAGAUGG